AUGGCCGUCCUACGAUCCGACCAUCCUUCGUCUACUCUCCGUAAAGCCCACAUAGCGGUACCAUUCAUGACAUUCUCCGAUUUCGUAGGUUUCACCACGCAGACUUUCCGCAGAAUCUACGACGCUUUUGAGAGGAGAGUGUCCGUGGCCGAAAUGAUGGAGUCGGCGCCACAGUCUACUCCAAACAUUUCUCCCCGAUCUCCCAGACCGUACGCUGCAGCAAGGAGGAAUAGCAACGAAGGCUUCUCCAUCGGUCCACAAGUAUCGUCCAACACAAUCCCGAUUUGUUACGACAAGGAGUUUGUCCCCUCUGGACUUAGGGAUCCUCAACGCUAUCGACGUGAAUUGAGGAGCUCCGUGAGUGAAUUUACCGAUGUUACAGAUACGCAUUUCGACAUCCCAAGUCGUCCUACCUUCCCAGCUCACCGAGUCGAUAACGGCGAGGUCUUAGAAACGUCUCCGACAGAUAUACUUCGCCUUCACCCACUGCUUCCGGACGGAUUCCAAUCGCCUGGUGGAUCGACCAACAUCUCUUCAUCUCCCGUGACAAGACAUCAUUUGUUCGCACCAGAAGCAACCCCAAAUAUAGAGUCCUCAUCAACAUAUCAAGGAUCACUCAGCAACAACCUCCAUCAAAAAUCCUCUCAUCAUGAUCUUUUCGCAGACCAUUUGGAAUCCGCAUGGCGGAAUCUAGAAGCUGCUCAACAAGAACUGCAACAUACCAGAGAGUCCCUCGCGGACAAAGAGCACGAUGUCCAUAACCUGAACAUCCAAGUCUCCAAUCUGCAAAGAGGAUUGGACACAGCGCUCCACCAACACAACGCCAUGGCACGCGAACUCUCCGACCUAAAAGCAUACCACACGACCCACAAACCCCUCAAACGCUGCUCACUACUAACCAACCUCUUCUUCCACUCCUCCUCCUCCAAAUCCAAAAUCCACCAUCUCGAAAACAGACUCCACAGAGCCCAAACCGACAUCCAAAUUCUCCAUGAUCGAUGGCGCAGCACCCAUCACUCUCUAACCCGCACCGAAGAUGUCCUGGAAGAACAGCGCGAGUGUAUGAAAGUCCGAAUCAUAGCUCUGAAACAUACGCAGAUGGAAUUGGGUGCUGUGAGAGGGAAGUUGCAAACUGCGGAGAGGAUGUUGGAGGAUCGAAAAGCGGUGCUGGAGGUUUUGAGGCAGAGUAAUCGGGAUUUGGCGUUGGAGAUUGCUUAUUUGAAAAGAAGAGGGGCGGGGAGGACGGGAGUGUUUUGA